AUGUCAAUGUCAAUGUCAAUGUCAAUGUCAUCAUCAUCCUCAUCCUCAUUGAGCAAUCCACCUACCCUGACGUUGCGGAAUGGAUUGAAACAUCCAGUGAUUGGCUUUGGAACGUACAAGGUUGGGGUCAUUCCUGCUUCGGCAUCGUCGGCAGUGGCCAGUGGAGGUCCAAACGCAGUCGAGCGCACUGCAGAAGAAUGCGUUUCGGAUGCACUCGACGUUGGCUAUCGCUUCAUUGAAUGUGCUCAGUUCUACGCAAACGAAUCGGAAGUGGGGAAAGCGAUUGCCAAGUCGGGAGUGGAACGAACAGAUUUAUUCAUCUGCUCCAAAGUAUGGACCACGACGAUCGAACAAGGCCCUCAGGCCAUUGAAGAACAGUUGAAAAAGACCCUUGCCGAUCUAGGAACGGACUAUGUAGAUCUGUAUCUGAUCCACUGGCCAGUUCCUGGAAAGCAUGUCGAAGCCUACAAGACGCUGGAAAAAUUGGCGGACCAAGGGAAAAUCAAAGGCAUCGGUGUGUCCAAUUAUGCAUGGGAGGACUACCUUGAACUGAAAGAGAAUGGUGUCAAGAACUUGCCACUGGUCAAUCAAAUCGAGAUCAACCCAUUUCUGUACCGAAAGAAUACCAUUGCUAAAUUUGCCGACGAAGGAGUCGUGCUCCAAUCCUACCGUUCUCUUCGCGAUGGAAAAGCCUUUGAUGACCCAACCAUAUUGAAAAUUGCAGAGUCACAUGGUCGUUCCGCAGCCCAGAUUCUUGGCCGUUGGUGUGUUCAGAAAGGAUUCGUCUACAUUCCAAAAUCCGUCAAAAAGGAGCGCAUGGUGGAAAACUCAAAGGUCUUUGACUUUGAACUUACAGAAGCCGAAAUGAACGAAUUGGACAGUCUCACAACACCAGAUGCUAUUGAAACCUUUGUUUCCCUUUAUCGAAAGUGCGUCAACCGUGAUACAAGUAAGGAUGGAACGCUGGACGGAGUCAAAAUGACCAUCACAGGAGACUAG